AUGGUUCUGCUGGCUAUACUCCUAUUGCUGGUCUAUGCUUGCGACGCAUACAGAAUUCUCGUCGUGAAUCCUAAGUUCGCUUACAGUCAUGUAAAUUAUAUGGGUAGAAUUGCUGAUGUGCUUGUGGACGCUGGGCACGACGUGGUAACACUUCAACUUGUGCUUGCACCAUUUCCAAACAACGGCACUGAAAAAUCACGGCUAAUUCAAGUGGAAGUGGAUAAAAAUGUGAUUGCUCCUUUGUUAGCUACGUUCCAGAAGGACCACGACACUAAAUGGACUGAAAGCGCUACAAAUCCCCUGCAAUUUUUUAGAUUAAUACCUACUAUAAGAGAAUUUGUAACUUUUGGUGUAGGAACGAUUCUUGACAACAAACAAAUGCUACAGCGAUUGGCAUCUGAGCACUUCGAUGUUGGCAUUGCAGAGCUAUUUGACUUUUCUGGCUUAGCCGUAUUUGAAGCCAUCGGUCUCAAAAACAUUAUUGGAGCACACACAGUCUCAAGUUUGAUGGAAGGCUCCGCUUAUGCUGUCGGUGUUCCGGUGAUUCCCAGCUAUGUUCCAGGUAUUGACCGAACACUACGUAGUUUAUAAAC